CCCCUGCCCCAGGAGUCUUCUGUCCUUGCGCCCUAUUGGCCAUCCCUGAUCAGGUGGACAGAGGAUGCCUAAAAUCUUCUCUAAGACUUGAAAACACUCAAUCAUUUGCCUCUCCGGUGUUCGUUAAAAGCAGUUGACGUGGCAUCUGCGUAGUUUACGACACCAGUCGGCCCUCUAGGUGAUCAGCUAGGACGGUUUUCCCCUUUUCUUUGGUUUUGAGCUGAAUCCGGGGUGUGAGCAUGGGGGCCGGAGCGAGCGCAGAGGACAAGCACUCCAAAGAACUUGAGAAGAAACUCAAGGAGGACGCAGAGAAGGACGCCAGGACAGUCAAGCUGCUGCUUCUGGGUGCUGGAGAAUCAGGAAAGAGCACAAUCGUGAAACAGAUGAAAAUUAUCCAUCAAGAUGGUUACUCUCUUGAGGAGUCUAUGGAGUUUGUCACCAUCAUCUACAGCAAUACCCUUCAGUCCAUCAUGGCUAUUGUAAAGGGUAUGACUCAACUCAACAUUGGCUAUGGUGACACCGCUCAGCAGGACGACUCCAGGAAGCUCAUGCAUCUAGCAGACACCAUUGAGGAGGGCUCCAUGCCCAAGGAGCUGUCUGACAUUAUCAUCCGGCUGUGGAAGGACACUGGCAUCCAGGCAUGCUACGACAGGGCCUCUGAGUACCAGCUUAACGACUCUGCUGGAUACUAUCUGAAUGACUUGGAGAGGCUGGUCCAGCCUGGAUAUAUCCCCACUGAACAGGACAUGUUGCGAUCCAGGGUAAAGACCACUGGUAUCAUAGAGACCCAGUUCGGCUUAAAAGAUCUCAACUUCAGGAUGUUUGACGUGGGCGGCCAGCGCUCAGAGAGGAAGAAAUGGAUCCACUGUUUUGAGGGAGUGACCUGUAUUAUCUUCAUCGCUGCUCUGAGCGCCUACGACAUGGUGCUGGUGGAGGAUGACGAAGUGAACCGAAUGCACGAGAGUCUCCACCUGUUCAACAGUAUCUGCAACCACCGCUACUUUAUUGCCACCUCCAUCGUACUCUUCCUCAACAAGAAAGAUGUCUUCACCGAGAAGAUCAAGAAGGCUCACCUCAGCAUGUGCUUCCCCGACUACGACGGCCCCAACACCUAUGAGGAUGCUGGUAACUACAUCAAACUCCAGUUCCUGGACCUGAACUUGCGGCGAGACAUCAAGGAGGUCUACUCACACAUGACCUGUGCCACAGACACAGAGAACGUCAAGUUUGUGUUUGACGCCGUAACUGACAUCAUCAUCAAAGAAAACCUAAAAAGCUGUGGUCUCUUCUAAGAGCCACGCCGUAUAGUCAUAUAGGCCUAACUCCUAUCUCCUCCCCCUUUCAAACUGCGGGCAACAAUCUCCUCAAGACCGGACCAAGAUGAGAAACUGUCCCUACGAGCUGCCAUUCUCCGAUAGAUUACUACACACACAUACACAGACAUGAAUUCAUACA